AUGACAUCGAUAACUAGCGGAGGUGAUCGCGAACAUUUAGGUAUUCCGAACGCAGUGUUUGUCGAAGAUGUUGAUAGUUUCAUGCAACAGCCUGAGAAUGAUUCUGCUGACACUGUGAUUCGACGACUGGAUGAUUUGAAUAGCAAAUAUCGAUUUAUGGAAAUGAAUUUAUUACAAAAGAAAAAGCGCUUACGUAGUAAACUGCCGGACAUUCAAAUAUGUUUAGAUAUGAUUGAGCAACUUCGUAAUUAUCGAGAGAAAGACACAAAUAUGGACACAAACUUCCUUCUUGCUCAUAAUUUAUACGGAAAAGCAACAAUUCCACCAACAGACAAAGUUUGCUUAUGGUUAGGUGCUAAUGUUAUGCUGGAGUAUCCUCUUGAAGAAGCUGAUGAACUAUUACGAGGAAAUCAAAAGGCGGCACAAAGUACUCUUCAGAAAGUUGAUGAAGAUCUUGACUUUUUAAGAGAUCAAAUAACUACGACAGAAGUAAACAUGGCUCGUUUACAUAAUUGGGCUGUUAAACAAAAACAACAGCAGCAGAAUAAGAAAUGA